AUGCGCCUUGUUUUGGUCCACCCGACCAAUCGGCUGGAUUCUACGGAAGCCGGGAUGGGCCCUUCGUGGAGGCAGCAGGCCUCUCCCCUGCCGAUCGUAAGGCAUUGCGCAGGGUGCACCACCACUACCUGGUGCUCCUGCGGCUUUAACGCCUCCGACAUGGAAACACCAUUGCAGUUCCAGACGGGUUUCUGCUCUGAGCAGCAGCAGCAGCAGCAGGGCCAGGACAAACAAAGUCUUCUCCAGCAGCCACAGCAGCAGCAGACCCCAUGCCUCCAGUGCAACAACUGUACCUAUUAUGGGGCCGUUGUGGCAGCAGCGGGGCAUAACCUGCCCUCGCUGCUCUGCACUUCUUCGCCUCUCUCGGGCGCCCUCAGGACUCACUCCUUGCCGCUCUCCAGUUUCGCCUCCUCCCGGCAGGGCAGCCAGCUGAACGUCAGCGAGCUCACCCCCUCCAGCCAUGCCGGCUCGUCCAGACAGCCCCACCAGUACCACCAGUGCCAUAGCCUGCAGCAGCAGCAGCAAGCAGCCAGUCCCAGCAGCAGUGGCAGCAGCAGCAGCAGCAGCAGCACCAGCACCCACCAUCACCACUACCAGCAGCGUCGGGAGAGCAAUCCCUUCGCCGAAAUAGCCAUGAGCAGCUGCAGGUACAACGGCGGCACCAUGCGGCCGCUCAGCAACCUGAGCUCAUCCCGCAGGAACCUGCACGAGCUUGACUCCGAGUCUCAGCCGCUCCAGCAGCCGCUCGUCGGCCCCAUAGCCGCUGCUCCGGAGAUCGUGGUCUCCAAGCCCGAGCACAACUCCAACAACCUGGCGCUCUACGGCUCCGGCGGCACUAACAACGGCGGGGGCAAGUCCAGCAAGAAGAAGAACCAGAACAUCGGCUACAAGCUGGGGCACCGCCGGGCGCUCUUCGAGAAGCGCAAGCGCCUCAGCGACUACGCGCUCAUCUUCGGCAUGUUCGGCAUCGUAGUCAUGGUGAUCGAGACAGAGCUGUCUUGGGGCGCCUACACGAAGGAUUCUCUGUAUUCCCUCGCUCUGAAAUGUCUUAUUAGCCUCUCCACGAUUAUCUUGCUUGGGCUCAUUAUUGUAUACCAUGCAAGGGAAAUUCAG